UUUUACUUAAGUCUUUGUAGACGUUAUGUCUCUUGAUUGUUGAGCGCGUCCUGUAUGUGUGACGUCACCAUGUACGUGACCCCAGGUAGUGACAGACAUGUCUUCUGCUGUCCACUUUGACCUCAUGCUGACACUUGACACUAAUAAUUGCAUCAAAGUACUAGUGUUGUUUCUCCUUAUGAAGACAUUUGAACUCGCUGUAUAAUGGUCGUGUUGUGUUGUGUUGAAAACAAUGUCUCUCUAAGAAGACAAAACGUUCAAAUGUCUGUUUCACUAGCAUGUUCGAAUGUAAUUAGUGAGCCUGUGUGCUCUUACUUUGAAACCCGGGACCGGAAGACGUGAUCCUUGCAGAUUCCGUGAGCUGGACGUGUCCUCCAGCUGUUCCUGCGUGGAUCUCCUCCAUGGACGCUCUUGUCUCACUGGAAGGAACCAGCCCCCUCGGCUGAGCUGCACGGCUUCUGUCCGGCCAUGGACGAGCAGGCGGGCCCGGCCGUCCUCCUCGGCUUGCCCGGCGGAGGGAACGCCAAAGUGCCGCAGCCUGGCGACGGAGAGGCGGCCCGGGCUCAGUACAGCAUCCCAGGAAUUCUGCACUUCCUUCAGCACGAGUGGGCCCGUUUUGAGGUGGACAGGGCCCAGUGGGAUGUGGAGCGGGCCGAGCUGCAGGCUCAGGUGGCCUUCCUGCAGGGGGAGCGGCGAGGCCAGGAGAACCUGAAGAAAGACCUGGUGAGACGCAUCAAGAUGCUGGAGUAUGCCCUCAAGCAGGAGAGAUCCAAGCAUCACAAACUGAAGUACGGCACAGAGUUAAAUCAAGGAGACAUCAGAGCUCCAAGUUACGACUCAGACGAGGCCAACGACAGUGACGCUCACACUCCUCCAAACAGCAGCCAUCAGCUGAGCUGGAAGCAAGGACGCCAGCUGCUCUCACAGUACCUGAAGGAGGUGGGCUAUGCAGACGCUAUCUUGGAUGUCAAGUCUCACCGUGUCAGGGCGCUUCUGGGCCUGAGUGGCGACUUGGGAGAGUCGCUUCCCGCCCAUCACAGCAACCCCCUGGUCAACGGCACAGAGGCGUUAUCGCCUAAGGAAGGAGGCGUGUCCAGCAAAGCGGCCUCGUCCGACUCGGUCGCCAUCUUGGAGGCCUUCAAGAUCAUAGAGAACGCCGCCGCAGAGUUCAGCGACGAAGACGAGGACGACGACAGCGACGGGCGGGACAGAACCAUCUUGGACCUCGCCGCCGCUAUGGUCAGGAGGAAACCGUCUCCUACGCCAUCCUCGACGAUCUCAGACCUCAGCGAUGACCCUGACACCGAGGAGGCCCUCAAAGGUUUUGACUUCUUGUCCAGCCAGGAUGAGAUGCUUGCACACGCAGAGUCCACCAGCGGCGAGGACGGCGACAAGGACGAGCCGCCCCCCCUGGGAGAACUGGCCUGGGACGUAGACCCGGCCCUGAUAGCCCAGCUGAAGGAGCAGUACCGGCGGGAGCGUAAGGGCAAGAAGGGGGUCAAGAGACCAAACCGCUCCAAGCUGCAGGACAUGCUGGCUAACCUACGGGAUGCUGAGGAGCUUCCCGCCAUGCAGCCUCCCAUGGCGCCCCCCUCCCGACCUGUCGUAGCCAGACUCAACGAGCAGGAAGAUGAGGUUAUGACCUUCCUGCCAUCGCCCGGAAAAGCGUUGAUCCUAGGCGGCGUGGACGAGGCGGUCUCUAACGAGCUUGGACUGGGAGAACUGGCUGGUCUGACUGUGGCCAAUGAGGCCGAGUGCCUGACGUACCAAAUGAGCAACAGCCAAGAUGCUCUGAGGAAGACGUGGAACCCAAAGUUCACUCUGCGGAGUCACUUUGACUCGGUCCGCAGCCUGGCCUUUCACCCUGUGGAGGCGGUCCUGGUCACCGGCUCUGAGGACAACACGCUCAAACUGUGGAACCUCCAAAAGACCACGCCUGCUAAAAAGUGUGCGUCUUUGGACGUGGAGCCCAUCUACACAUUCCGAGGUCACGCUGGUGCCGUUCUGUGCGUCACCAUGAGCUCCAAUGGCGAGCAGUGCUUCAGCGGGGGUGUGGACGGAACCAUUCAGAGCUGGAACACGCCCAACCACAACAUCGACCCCUACGACUCGUAUGAGCUGUCAGUCCUGCGGGGGACGCUGUGCGGCCACACCGAUGCCGUGUGGGGAGUGGUCUACAGCUCCGUUCACCACCGCCUCCUGUCCUGCUCGGCCGACGGGACGGUCCGCCUGUGGAACGCUGCAGACUCCUCGCCAUGUCUCGCCGUCUUCAACGAGAGGGGAGAGCUGGGAGUAGCCACCUCUGUGGACGCGGCGAGCACCGAGCCAGCUCACAUGGUGGCGUCCUUUUCCAGCGGUCAUGUUGGCGUCUUCAACAUGGAGACCCAGCAGCUGGUGGUCAAGCUGCAGUCGGCCGGAGCCGCAGACACUGCGUGUAGAAUCAACAAAGUGCUGAGUCAUCCCACGCUGCCCGUCACCAUCACGGCCCAGGAGGACCGCCACAUCCGCUUCUUUGACAACAACACGGGUAAGCUGGUCCACUCCAUGGUGGCACACUUGGACGCCGUGACGAGUCUCGCUGUGGAUCCAAACGGACUUUACCUCAUGUCUGGAAGCCACGACUGUUCCGUCCGCUUGUGGAACAUGGAGACAAAGACGUGCAUCCAGGAGUUCACAGCCCACCGCAAGAAGUUGGAUGAGUCCAUCCAUGACGUGGCGUUCCAUCCGACCAAGUGCUACAUCGGCAGCGCAGGGGCAGACGCCCUCGCCAAGGUCUUCGUAUGACCCCCCUCUGUCUCGUGUGGACUCGGGCUGGCCCGGGUUUUAAAACAAACACCCCCGAGAAGAUGACGCCAUGUUUGACUCGACUGCAUGUUGUUCAUUCGUCACGAUGACGUGCCUUUGUUACUUCUUGUUUGUCACUUCCUGUGUUGCGGCGUCAUCAUCUCCACUCAGAUCUGUGCACUUUGACCUCCAGAUGGCGUUCAACUCAGGAUGAGACUAACUCUACAAAAAAAAAAACGGGUUAUUUGGUAUAAAAGCUGCGUGAUGAAAGCUUGCAGUAAAAUGUCUUCAUCCUCUCACCGCUUUUGAUUUUUGUUGCUACAAUGCAGCAAAGCAAACAGACUUGUGUAUUUAAAAUGGUGAUAAAGAAUAUUUAUGAGCACAAGUUGCUUUAAUGCUAAUGCUAAUGCUGUUGUGUGUGCUUUGUGUAUUUUUGGUAAGUUACAAGUACAAAUGUUUUUUAAAACUUGAAAUGUGAACUUGUUGGGAAUCACAAAUGUUUAUUAACAAUGAUUUUAUUAUUGCUACAAGUACAAUGGGGUUGAAAAAAGAUGUGAACUCUGCUGGAAAGGUUACUUGGUUACUAUUUCAUUCCAGAAAAGGACGAUUUACAAAUGAAAGCACUUUUACUGUGCACAUGCUUUAUUUCUUUAUGCACUCUGUAAAACUUGAAGCAUUAGAUUAGAAUAUGUGUUUUUGAUUGGUAACUUUGCUUUGUUGCUCUGUUGGCUAAAAGCCCAGAAAACACACCAUUUAUUUGUUUACUUCUGGAAAUGAUUCAUAUUGUCCAUAAAUGUGUACAGUGAAUAUGAUAGUAGGCUAUUGGAGCUUAGCUAACAUGUACAUACAAUUGCUUUUACAAUUAAAAAACACAUUGCGUUAACCUU